AUGGUGGUGAUGACGGUGGUGGUGGUGGUGCGCAGCUACGUCCUGCCGAGUUCAGUGCAACAGAAGUGGGACGCCUUCGCGGCGGCCUACCUCGCCGAGAAUCCCCAGAGGCGCCUCCAAUACAUUCCGCACAUGGGCACGGCCGAGAUGCAGGUGGUGCUGGGCGAGAGCCGGUACUUCUUCACCGUCACGACGGCCAUGAUGUGCGUGCUCCACCGCUUCGCGUUCGGCCAGGAAUUCUCCCUCCGGGAGCUGCAGGACGAGACCGCCAUCCCCGACAAGGACCUGAAGCGCACCCUCUUCUCCCUCAUCUCACCGCUCCAAGGAUCGCGGGUGGGGCUGUUGGUCAAGCAGCCGGUCAAGGGGAAGUUCGAGCCGACGGACAGGUUCAGCGUGAACGCGGCCUUUGCUUCGCGCCUGCGCAAGAUCCGCGUGCCCGCCCUCCCCUACCCGCCACCCCGCAAGCAACGCCAGCCCACUUCUUCCUCCUCCUCCUCUUCUUCGACCGGAGGAGCGAUGAUGGAAUAG